AUGAAGAAGGCGGGCAUUAUUCGAACCGCAUCAAAGCUACCCACUACCGGGCGGGCUGUGCCCUUUGCGGUAGUGGAGGAAAAACCGUCGGGCCCACGGCGCCGUUUCAUAGCAUGGUCAAAAGCAAAAAAUGAACAAGAGAGCUACCAGGCUAUGGCCCCUCUUGGGCAAAUUUCCCGUUACCUGGGCGCGGUUUAUGAUGAAACAGCCGCCAUUUUUGGUGUAAAGGCAUCCUUCUUCCAGGUAGGCCUGCCAGCAGAGACACGCGGUAAUUUCCGUUGUCACACGGAGAAGGGGGAGCUGGUCGACUUCACACGGCCCCAAAUGGGGUAUAAAUGUAGUCCGGAAAUCGUGCACACGAUCUCAAGAGUUUUGGCGGGGGACCCCGAGGCUGUCAAACCGCGGUUCGCAGCCCCGCCGGAGCUAACGUUUCACGUGUGGAUUGGGAAUAUUCGUAUCACAGGGCCACGCAAGAGCGUAGAGCCGUGGGGGAACGCUAUUAUGGAAUAUAUGCGUGGAUGCGGUGCGACGGUGGGAGGGCACAAGGCUCCCACCAUGCGUUAUGAAUUCAUAGGAGUUUGUUUCGACCAUACGGCUAGGACGGUUUCCCCCAGUGACAAAACGUUACGUAAAUGA